AUGACAGAUCGCGACGAAGCAGCUCAGAAUCUGAGACGAGCAUUGGAGGCCAUCGGGUUAACUGAUUUGGCCCAAAAUGUACCGGUAACGAGCAAAUCGAGAGACGAAGCAGCAGGACCCGAAUCAGUAAGGCUUCAAGAUGCAGGAGUUGACGAGGAGAACAAACAAAACGGGGCGGCAUCAGCCGAAGAAGAAAAUGUGAAAAACAAGGUAUCAAAAGGCAAAUCCGCUAUUGACGAUGAGUACCUCAAGGGCUUGUCCCCGAAAAUUGAAUCAUCGUGGAAGGAAUUGGCCAAACACUUAGGAUAUGAAGAAGUGGAAAUUGCAGACAUCCAAACCACCAACGAAGGCAGCACUGAAGAGAGCCGUCACAUGCUACUCACUUGGUGGAAAAAGACGACGGAUCGUGACGAAGCAGCUCAGAAGCUGAGACGAGCAUUGGAGGCCAUCGGAUUGACUGAUUUUGCCCAAAAUGUACCGGUAAUGAACGAAUCAAGAGACGAAUCAGCUGGAGCCGAGCCAGAAAGGUGUCAAGAUGCAGGAGUUGACGAGGAGAGCAAACAACAGGGGGCGGCAUCAACCGAGGAAAAGAAACUGAAAAGGGAACAAGUUGACGAUCAAGACAAACCUCAGCUAAUCAGAGUGUUUAUUAUAUUUAAGGAUCUUGCAUUUUUCCAGCUAUGUAACUUGCUGACACUCAACGACUGCGGUAUUCAUCAGGACGAGAACAUCUCACUUCGUCUGUCUACUGAUGGCCUACUGGGCGGUGGACCAAAAGGAUUUGAAGAAGCAGAAAUCAAGGAAAUCCAAACCACCUCCCAAGAAAACAGAGAAAGGAGCCUACAGAUGCUGCUUUCUUGGUGGAGAAAGCAAACAAAUCGCGAGGAAGGAUUUCAGAGUUUGACAGAUGCGUUAUAUUCAACCGGUCAUGCUGAUCUUGCCUUAAUGAUUACUGAGCAACAGGAGCCGAAACAGGAGGAACAAAGAGGUAAACCUCAACCAGAGGUUAACGAGGGAGGGGCUAAAGAACAGAGCAAAGAAAAAGGAACUACAUCAUUUGAAGACCAAACACCAAAACAGAGGGAAGUUGGUCACCGAGACAAACGUAAGAAAACGUCACAAAUGGGAGGGGCUAAGAAACGAAAACAACAGAAAGAAACUUCAUCAUCUGAGGGCCAGAGACAAAGACAGGAGGACGUUGCUGAGCAAAGCAAACCUCAGACACCGGGACAGGGAAUAGUUGUUAAAGACCAGGACAGGCAGAAGCGGGCAAGACCGUCUAAUGAGGAACAUAGUCCGAGUCAGGGGCUCCUACAGAAAAAACAGAAGCUGGGGCAAUUCGAGAAAACCGCUCAAAAGGGGAUGACGUCAUCUGGAGAACCUGAACCGAGGCAUGGGCAAUUAGAGUGUCUUCGAGGCAAACCUCGACCAGAGAUUCAAGUGCGAGGGGCCAAACAACAGAGCAAUUAUGAAGAGACUACAUCAUCUAAAGACCAGAGACCGAAGCAGGAGGAAGUUAACUAUCGAGACAAAGCUGAACUUAAUGUAGAAGAGGGAGGGACCAAGGAACAGAGUAAGCAGAAAGGGACUACAUCGUCGGAGGGACAAAAACAAAAACAGCAAGAGUCAUCACGAAGCCAGCAAGAAGCAGCCGGAAGAGAUCCGAGCGUUCAGAUGUUGCAAUCAUCCGAGGACCAGGGACUAAAAUGGUCAACACAUCAGAAACAAGAGGGUGUUGCACCAAGAAAUCCUUCAGAGAUACAAGAGACAGUGAUCAUAGAAAGAACGUCACAAGACCAACAGAUAAUUCAGAGUCCAAGCCCAGUUCAAGAUAUCGCACCUUCGAGACGGGAAGAGCACAAUCCAGUCCGAGUGAUGCUGCAGCUGAUCAGUGCAGGAGUGAAUUAA